AAGGUUGCAGACCUUGGAGACAGGCAGUGAUUGUGAAACUUCUGGGGAAGAAAGUUGGAGUUAGAUUCUUACUCAAUCGUUUACUGAGAAUAUGGAAUAUCUCAAGCACAUAUGAGUUCAUUGAUCUGGAGAAUGACUACUUUUUGUUCCGAUUUUCCAAUAAGAAUGAUUACUCUUAUGUUUUGGAGGAUGGUAGUAUUUUUGGUCGCACAUUGAAGAUUGAUAGGAACUCUAUCAGGAAACGUGAUUCUGGUGAAGGUGAUAUUACAGAGAAAGCAAAGUUUGCUAGAAUUUGUGUCGAAGUUGAUCUUAGGAAAGGCUUUUUGUCCAAAUUCCGGAUUGCUGAUCGUAUCUUCCACGUUGGAUAUGAGGGUCUCCACUUAGUUUGUUUUGCUUGUGGAAAGUAUGGGCAUAGAAGGGAUCAGUGUUCCCAUAGUAAUCUUCAACAAUAUAUUACGGCUUAUUCUCCUGAAGUUUCUGACUCGGUGGUGCAUAAGCAGCCGGAAAAAGAUUCUGCUCUGGUGAAGGAGGAACUGUUUGGGAAUUGGAUGCUGGUGCAGCGUAACCGUCGAUCAAGGAGCAUAGCACAAUCAAAGGAGGAAUCAUUACCAUCGGGUAGGAGACAAGUUGGCGUUGUUAAUAAUGCAGCGUUACGUAAUAAGGCAAUUUCCAAUUCUGAUCGUAAUCACAUACAGGUCAUUCAAUCAGGUUCAAGAUUUCAAGCUAUUGCUGAGUUGGCUCAAAAGGAUAAUAAUAUCUUAAUUAUUUCCGAUUCUCCAGUGAUUGAUUCAAUCAGCAUUGAAUCUGGUCUGACACGAAUUAAUCAUGGGGAAUUAAUUGCUCAUAAUGAAGAACCGUUGGUGAAAAAGGAUAUUCAAAUGGAAACAGUUUCUCCAGCUGCUAACCUAUCUGCGGGCAAGUCGAGAAAAGAGGUCCAAAGUCAAGGAGUAAAAUUCAAAGAGAACCAAAAGAAGAAAGCAACUGCAUCAUCUGCUAAAGUUCAUCAGCUGGUCCAGAAUGCUAAUAUUAGCAAAGGCAGAUUAAAUGCUUCAAAAGGUGCAGAAUCUCAAAAGAAUAAUUUUAAACUUGAUUCUUAG